AUGGCAGAUACAUCGGUUGCUGAGCCAUCAGCUCCCAUUUCCAACACCACUCCCGAAACCCUUGAGCCCAAUGCCGAAGACAUGACUGUGGCAACAACCGGCGCCGCAGAUGACACUCUGCAAGGAGAUCAGCAACUCCAGCCGGUCAAAAAGACCAAAAUUAUUCGCAGGAAGAAACGCCCUGCGAGGAUACAAGUCGACGCCUCGACCAUCAAAGCAGAGCCUGCACAGCAGCCCGGACUCGAUUAUAAUAUUUGGUACAACAAAAGCGGCGACAACGACGACAAAUAUGGCCUCAGCCAACCCGCACCUGGUCGCUGCAAUAUUGCGCGUGACUCGGGAUAUACUCGCGCUGAUCGCAUUCCGGGCUCAUUUUUCUGCAUACAUUUUGCGCGUGGUGUUUGCGUGAAAGGUCAGGACUGCGAAUACCUUCAUCGUCUACCGACGAUUCAUGAUAUGAAGAGACAAGCACAGCGAUUACAAGGAAGUGCGUAUCAUGUCUUUGAUAUGUCCGGAGUAGGCUCGUUCACACGCCAAAACAGGACAAUCUACGUUGGCCGGAUCACAGUUACCGAUGAUAUCGAGGAAGUGUGCUCAAGGCAUUUUGCCGAAUGGGGUCAAAUCGAAAGAACAAGAGUACUUACCGGACGGGGCGUGGCUUUUGUGACCUACUCGUCAGAAAGUAACGCGCAGUUUGCUCUAGUUGCGAUGGCAAACCAGAGUUUGGACCAUGAGGAAAUUCUUAAUGUACGAUGGGCAACAGUCGACCCUAACCCAAUGGCACAGAAGCGCGAGGCACGCCGGUUAGAAGAACAAGCUGCCGAGGCUGUGCGCCGCGCUCUUCCCGCAGCUUUUGUAGCGGAGAUCGAAGGCCGAGAUCCCGAGGCUAAGAAGCGGAAGAAGAUCGAAGGCACUUUCGGACUGCAGGGUUAUGACGUUCCAGAUGAUGUGUGGCAUGCCAGAACCCGUCAACUGGAGGAUGCGAGCCAGGUCGCUCGGCUAGAGGCACCUGAACAACCGAUGAUGAUCGAGUCUGCUUCGGUCCCGGCACAGGAGCAGCAGCCACAGAGUAAUGGCAUAUUCUCCAGCUCUGCCGUUGCAGCCCUACAGAGUCUUAACGGCGGAAGAGUAACCACCCAGGCGCCUAAGGCUACCGGUGGAGCGUUAGUCGCCUACGGCAGCGACGAUGAGAGUGACUGA